AUGCUGUUUGGUGAAUCUUUUGGAAAGUUUGAAGAUUUUAGAAGCCACCCACAGGGUAUUGCUGGUCCUAGCAAUGCAAAGGCUGCUAGACCAAGUGGAGUAAAAAUUUCUGAAGUGGAAGAAGAAGAAGAGGAGUAUGUAGAAGCUACUGAAAAGGUACAAGACAAAAGUAAGAUAACUGAGGUUGAAGAAGUAGAGAACAAUGAUGAGAAGGAAAAAUCUGCAGAAGAGGCAUUAGAAGCAGAACAAGAACCUGACAAAGAGAAAUCAAGAGAAUCCUCCUCAUCUCAUACUAAAAGCAACAACAGCAGUGACAAUGGAAAAAGUGAAGGCAGAAAUGGUUCAAGACAAGAAGAGGAGAAGGAAGAGCAGUCACAAGACCCAUCCUCUGAACAACCAAACAUUGUUCCUACUGCCUCUCAACCAGUACCUGAAUCAACCAUCUCUUUACCCAUGCAAUACGGACCUAGAAGAACCAAAGCACAAGCCAGAAAAUCAGUUCUACCCAUUCCUCCAAAAAUCCAAGUAACCAUACCUAAAAAAGAACCCCCAAAGAAGAAGAAACAAGCCAAACUUAUUGAUCCCACUCACCUUAGGAGAAGUGGUAGAACUCUUAGCAGCAAAGAAAAAUCUUGA